CAUUCUGCCAUGGAACUUGGUUCAGCCGCUUAGUGUACUGAGCUAAUCAGGUCAAAGACAUGGGUGGAUUUCACUCUGCUUAACUCUUAUGACUUCUUCAGCACAAAGCCACACGUUUUCCCCUGACUCUGGACAAUGUACUGCAAAUGUGAGCUGUUAGUCAUAAGGUCUGAUCUUUAGCUUGGUGAUUAGAUUGGGUUUUGGUGAUCCUCAGUGGAUGAGCAAGGGGGUGAGGAGGCCAGGAAUUCCCUUGUCAAAAAGUCGCUUUGCUAGACUCCAUGGAAAACGCCUCCGGGACUUGAGAGGUUCAGCCGACUUGCUGACAGAAAACCGAUAUGGCGGCCACUCUGGGCAGCGGAGAGCGCUGGACCCAAGCUUACAUUGACGCAAUUAGAAGAAACAAAUACUCAGAAGACAAGCGACCUGACAGCCAUGAUCCCUGUGGUUGCUGUAGCUGCAUGAAGGCCAAAAAGGAAAAAAAGUCUGAGAAUGAGUGGAAUCAGACCCGGCAGGGAGAGGGGAAUGCCACUUACACAGAGGAACAGCUGCGUGGGGUACAAAGAAUCAAGAAGUGCAGAAAUUACUAUGACAUUCUGGGUGUUCCUCACAAUGCCAGCGAUGAAGAGCUUAAGAAAGCGUACAAGAAGCUUGCCCUGAAGUUUCACCCCGACAAGAACUGUGCUCCUGGAGCGACAGACGCCUUCAAAGCUAUAGGAAAUGCCUUUGCAGUCCUGAGCAAUCCCGACAAGAGACUCCGCUAUGAUGAAUAUGGAGACGAGCAGGUGACCUUCACUGUACCUCGAACCAGAUCUUAUCAUUACUACAGAGAUUUUGAAGCUGACAUCUCUCCAGAAGAAUUAUUUAAUGUGUUCUUUGGAGGACACUUCCCUUCAGGGAAUAUUCACAUGUUCUCAAAUGUGACAGAUGACAGUCACUAUUAUCGCAGGCGGCACCGCCACGAGAGGACACAGACACAUAAGAGAGAGGAAGAGAAAUCUCAGACUCCAUAUUCUGCAUUCGUUCAGCUGCUUCCAGUUUUGGUGAUUGUGACUAUUUCUGUCAUUACUCAGCUGCUGGCUGCUAAUCCCCCGUAUAGUCUGUUCUAUAAAUCAACCUUGGGCUAUACCAUUUCUAGAGAAACACAGAACCUGCAGGUGCCUUACUUCGUGGAUAAAAACUUUGACAAGGCCUACCGAGGAGCUUCCCUUCGUGACCUGGAGAAGACGAUAGAGAAAGACUACAUCGAUUACAUCCAGACCAGUUGUUGGAAGGAGAAACAGCAAAAGUCGGAGCUGACCAAUUUGGCGGGGUUAUACAGAGAUGAGAGACUGCGGCAGAAAGCAGAGUCACUGAAACUCGAAAACUGUGCAAAGCUUUCCAAGCUCAUUGGCCUCCGCAGGGCUGGCUGAGAGGCCGACGACCCUGCUCUGGGUGGGGGGUUCUUACCCGUUACUAUUACAUUGCAAAUCCCAUUUUAUAAUACAAGUUAGGAAAUAUGAGUACUCUACUAUCUGCUAACUUUGUUGGGCAGAGAGCUGCAGCAGAUGGAGACUCGUUUCCCUCCGGUCCUUCCCCAGGCCUGGCUCCCAGGGCAGGAAUGGUAAAGUUUGGACCCAGCUCCUCUGUGAAUGUAGGUCAGGGCAUCCCAGAGAGAAGAUCCACGUCUCUUCCUUCACCCUGUCUGCAGCAAGAGCCCACUACCUAGGCAUGUCUAUCUUAGCCAGUGCAUUGCAGAGCAUUUCAGAGUAUUGGUGGUGUCUGCCAAGGGUUAUACCUCUCCUACUGUAGAAUCACCACAUCUCCCGAUUUUCAGUUUUCCACCCCCUAAAGACCAUAUAGAGAAAUUGAACUAUUUAGCCAAUAGUUCAGUUAAGUUAUCCAGAUCUCUGUCGAGUCAGGAACAUAAGCAAAGCUGCCUGAGUUGAGAUUUCUUUUUUGAGAGAAGGGCUCAUUCUGAACCCAGACUAGCUUGAAACUCACUACCUAGUCCAAGCUGGCCUUGAGUCUGCAGUGAUUCUCCUACCUGAGCCUCUCGAGAGAGCUGAGAUUUCAGCUGUGAGCCACCAUAGCCAGCAAGGCUCCUUUAUUGUCUUACUUAGUCUUCUCUUUCAGAACAUCUAAGAAGUAAAACCUGGUUGAGCAGGCUGGGUGUAGUGAUGUACAUCUUUAGUCUUAGCACUCAGGAGGCAGAGGCAGGCCAUUCUCUCUGAGUUCAAAGUCAUCCUGGAUUACAUAUCAAUUCCAGACCAGUCAAAGUUACAACAUAAUGAGA